AAGGCUGUAGUACACGUCCAUGUUCCUUUAAUAUAAUUAUAUUUUUUUAUUUCAAUUUUCACCCGUGUUGGCUGUGUUGUGACUUGUGAGUUUGUUGUUUUGUAUUGUAGCCGAUCUUGAAUGGAAUGGUGUAUUCCACUUCGGGGAAAAGGCGUUGUUUUAUUAUUCUUGCAGGUUUAUUUUACUUAGCCUAUUUUAAUCCAAAGUGAAUAUAUUCAUUCUUUUAAGAAGUAUUUUAAGUGUGUAUUCAAGUAUUUAUAAACUCUAUCAGAAACCACGUCAUGAGCUUCAAAUUUGAAAAUUAAUGUUUAUUCAGCUUUUGAUAAUAAAAUUAAAUGCCAACUGUGAUUUUUGAUAUGUGGCACUGAUUGAUUUUUAUUCAUCAAAUCACUAGUAAGAGAACAGCGAAUCAACUGUGAAGUUGAUGCAGAUGAUUUGACGCUUAGUGCAAGCAGACAGGAACAAUGAAGGCUUUGAUAUUGGUUGGUGGCUACGGCACCAGGCUACGUCCAUUGACGCUGAGCAGACCGAAGCCGUUAGUGGAAUUUGCCAACAAACCUAUGCUACUACAUCAAAUGGAGGCACUGGUUGCGGCCGGAGUGAAGCACGUGGUAUUGGCCGUAUCCUAUCACGCCGAGGAAAUGGAGAAAGAGUUGCGUAUUCAGGCGGAGAGGCUCAACGUUAGAUUAGACUUUUCACACGAAACCGAACCGCUCGGUACGGCAGGUCCUUUGGCGUUGGCAGCUGAAAUUCUCAACCAAACCGACGAACCUUUUUUCGUUCUAAACUCUGACAUCAUAUGUGAGUUCCCUUUCACUGAGCUCUACGAGUUCCACAAAAACCACAAACGCGAAGGAACAAUCGUUGUCACAAAAGUUGAGGAGCCCUCGAAAUAUGGUGUGGUAGUUUACCACGCGGACGGCUGCAUCAAGAGUUUCAUUGAAAAGCCACAAGAGUUUGUUUCAAAUAAAAUUAAUGCCGGUAUUUAUAUUUUGAAUCCGUCCGUGCUGAAACGCAUUGAAAUCAGACCGACGAGUAUCGAGAAAGAGGUGUUUCCGUUCAUGGCCGAGGAGGGACAGUUGUUUGCCUUCGAGUUGCAGGGAUUUUGGAUGGACGUCGGCCAGCCUAGAGAUUUUCUAACAGGCAUGAGCAUGUACCUGACUUCGCUGCGACAGAAGAACGCGUCGCUGCUGUAUAACGGGCCAUGCGCAGUGGGUAAUGUGCUGGUGGACCCAACGGCCAAGAUCGGCGUCGGCUGCCGCAUCGGACCCAACGUCACCAUUGGCCCGGGCGUCGUCAUCGAAGAUGGCGUCUGCAUCAAGCGCACCACCAUCCUCCGCAACGCUGUCGUCAGGUCGCACGCGUGGCUGGACCAGUGCAUAGUGGGGUGGCGGUCGGUGGUGGGGCAGUGGGUUCGCAUGGAGAAUACGACGGUACUCGGUGAGGAUGUUAUCGUCAAGGACGAGCUCUAUGUGAACGGGGGCCAAGUGCUGCCACACAAGUCCAUCGCCUCCUCAGUGCCUGACCCGCAGAUCAUCAUGUAAACCCGACUCGUUCAAUGUCAUCACAUUCCAACAUUGAAUCUAACUUGACUGUCUACGUACUUGUACUUUAGGCUGCUUUUAGCACGCUGCUCACGGGGACAAUAUUAGCUUCCACUAAGCGUCUACUAGCUGUCACAGUAACACGAAAUUGGAAGUUGGAAGUGUAUAUUUGAGUUCCAGACAUUUCCAUUUCCGCGACAGCUAGUGAGAGCUACUAUUGGCCCUGUGUGCAGGCUGCUUUAAACUAGAGCAACACGCAACCUGUUCUCUUUAUGCUGCUCUCACACCAAGUAACCAUCAAUACGCAAUAAACUAUAUAUUUCGCUAUUCUGCGCACGACAAAACAAAAAUCGUCUGAUGGAACAAAGAAACCAUGGAAAUGAACUGUAGAACAAAUAAAUCCGAAAUAUACCCCUUCAGGGUGCGCGCAUAGUGAAGAGGGAAGAGAUUUCUAUGUAAUGGAAACAUAAGGCACUUUGAGGAGGGAAGCCGCGAUGCUUUCACACGCAGCUUUUCAGGGCUUCAAAAGAGGACCGCGUAAAGAUUUCCGCGAGUUUGUUUCGCUCGGUGCUUCAAUCACUAGCUCUAAAGCUCUAAAUGAGAAGAAAGGGAGUGCGUCUACCUCUCUUCACUAGGCGCAUAUCCUUAGAGCGGUGCUAAGAGGCAAACAUCAGCUUUAUUUCGAUCAGCUCAGCUCAGUUGUGACACAUGAGAUGAUGUGCUUUUAGUUUUAAUUUCCAAAAGGUUCCACUCCCUUUCCAGGGUUUCCUUGUUUCAUGGGUGAAGGCAAAAUGAUAAUUCACUUUGACAUGACUUAACUUCUGCUUUAGGCAGCUUCACUAUAAAAUACAAUCUAUAAAAGUGGCAGCCAUUUCCAUUGCUCUAUCUAGUGUGUGUAUAUGAACUGAGAUCAUCAGCUUUCACCAAUAAGGUUGCUUGUUGCUGGUUUGCGAGCAGCUCAAGUGCAGCGAGUGGCCUCGAGCAGACCACUGCGAAUCGCAUGAAGGCGACGGUGAGUGCGACGAUUUCAACCAUUUAACCACAGCUUAAAAAUUGUCCCUUUUCCGUUGCCGUCAUAGGUUUGCAGUGGUCUGCACAAGAUUCUACACAAUGUAUAACUAUUUGAAGUGUUUAGACCGAUUUUGGAAUUUGAUAUUAAGUACAUUGAUAUACAAAUUUAUAUUAAGGUGUACAUUAGGAUAUAAAUUUGAUAUUUUAAUAUUAGGAUAUUAUAAUACGAAACAAUUUUAAUAUUAAGAUGCAAAUACUGUUCGAAAUAUUGUAAAUUUCGCCCAAUGUGAUUAAACUGUGUUGAAGUUAAAGCAUCUGCUUUUUGAGUUGGCAUUUUUAAAAUUUAAAUUUGAAAGUCCAUUACAGCUUUUUUUAUCAGAUACAGUUCGUGGUAUACUUACUGUGUGGGUACCAUUAACUUAUAGGAUUUGUUGUAUGGAAAAUGAUUGAUUUCGGAACAACAUUCUAAAUGUUCAAACUGUACUUUUUCAAAGACUAACCAAUUUAUCCUCUACAAGUUUCAAUUGUACUCAAAUAAGUAAAAGAAACUUAUAGUUUUGAAUGUAAAACUUUAAAUAAAAUUAAUAGAUUCAGAUCUUUGUACGAUACCAGGUUUUCAAUAAAUAUUGCAAGGAAUAAUAAUUCAUAUUUACUUGAUUUCUUUCAAAGCUGAAAUUAACUGAAUAUUGGUGUAUGAUCGUUCAGAUCUCUUGCUCAUAAAAGUUCGUAAGUUUUUGUAGUGGUUAUUUAAUGUACUAUUCAUUAUUGUCUUGUAAUCUAACCCCUACCAACGAAAAAGACUGGAUAGUAAAUAAGGUAUUUACUAUUUAGAAAUUAGACUUAAUGGAUGGGUUCGAAUGCAGUUUCACUGUGAUGAAUAAAUUUUAUUUUGUGUUUUAGAUAUUUUUAUUUAUAUUGACAACUUGGUAACUAAUUGCUGAAUUGUAUCCGUAAAUUAGUAGUGAUUGAAGUUUCCACUAUUAUCUGAAUGAUGAAUACUUUGUACUUUUUCAUUAUAGUUUGAUAUCUAUUGUAAUUAUGUAAAUAAUAACUUUUAUACAAUGUUUAAUCAAACCAAAUAUAGGCUAAUAUCUUGAAAAUAUUCAUGGAAUGAAAAAUUGUGCAUUGUAGUAAAUAUUUUCCUAUCCAGAAUUCCUCUAUACGUUUUGAAAGUAGGACAAUCUCUGUGCUUAAUCAAGUGAAUAAAUAAGUGUAUCUAUGUCUACUACUUUGUUUGUACUUGUCUAUUUAAUUUGUACUCUGAUUAACAAACUUUCUUUUAUCUGUUCAUCUUAUCAAAUAAGAUUUUGCAUCCUCUUCAUUCCAAUUUUCACUUCAGCUAUCUAUUUUCCUAACUCACUACUUUAAAAAUGCUUUUACUUUUAUCUAAGUGUAGCCUAUCAGGAAUUCUUUGAGUUUUCUCUUAUCUCAGCAUUCCUGUAAGAUUUAUUUGUCUCUAAUUAUUUAUCUAGGUUUAGGCUGUACUUCAAUUAUUAAAAGAAUCUGCGUCUUAGUAAGAAUUUUAUUAAUUGAAUCAUGUUUCUUUAUAUUAUUUCCUUGUUAUUUAUAUAAACGUUUUAACUUGCUAGUUAUCUUUAUGAAUGGUGAAGGUAAUGAUUGUCUCAAAUACAUAGUGUUUCGUCAAAUGUUUGAAAUCAUCGUAUGUAUAGCCCUGUGCAAUUAUUUGUUGAUAUUUUUCAAACGAAAUUAUAUUAUGUUAGUUGAAAAU